AUGGCUUGCUUAGCCAACAUAGAAACCAAUAUUGUCACUGAUCAAUCUGCUCUUGUUGCUUUGAAAGAGCACGCAUUAUCAGAACUCUACCUAGUCCUGGAAGACGACUGGACUGCUAAUACUUCUGUUUGUGAUUGGAUUGGAGUCACUUGUGGCAUCCAGCAUCAUAGAGUAACUGCUUUAAACAAACCAUUCAUGGGUUUGACAGGCAGCAUUCCUCCCCAUCUGGGGAACUUGUCUUUUCUUGUUUCUUUGGACCUGAGUGGUAACAAUUACCAGGGCAAUCAACCUGGAGAUCUGUCCCGUUUGCGAUGCCUGUGGUUUAUGAACUUUAAGCUCAACAACUUCACUGGAGAUAAUCCGUCAUGGUUUGGUUCCUUUCCUGAACUUAAAUUUUUGUCAAUUAGAAAUAACAGCUUUACUGGAUUUAUCCCUCAUUCUCGAAGCCUGAAACAUUGGAACUAUCAUACAAUCCUUUACAAGUAUAACCAACUUACAGGGUCUAUACCAUCCUCCAUUUUCAACAUUUCAACGUUGGAAAUUAUUGCUCUCUCAGGAAAUAACUUAUCUGGUAAUCUUCCUCCAGACGUGUGCAAUGAUCUUCCAAGUCUCAGAGGGCUUUAUUUAACUUCAGAUAAAUUAAAUGGCCAGUUGCCAUCAAAUUUAACUGCUUGUUCAGUAAUCCAACUAUUGUCAUUGUCAUCAAAUGAAUUUAGCGGACAGACACCAUGGGAAUAUGGAACCUUGAAGGAAGCUGGAGGGGCUGUAUCUUGCCUGGAACAGUUUAAUAGGUAUGGUAAAGAAUUGUUGUAA